CAGACCACGUGCAGUCACCGGACACCGGCCGCAGCCGGUCGCCUCUCCAGCACGGGGCAGAGGGAGCCCAAAUACAUGCCGGGCAUUUCGCACUUCUUUUCUUCGCCCGCGGCCUACAAAUAACACCUUCUGCCUCCUAUGCUCUCUUUUUCCCUUCUCUGCUUCUCCUUCGUCCCCUUACGUCCGCCGCCCGGGCCCUCCUCUCUCUUCCAUCUUCUUCGGCCCUCGACGGUUGUAGCGGUCAUAUUGUGUUCCGUCCAUUAAAUGCAGCUCCUUUUAUGGAUAUCCUACUUGUACUCUGCUUAAUGGGGAUUUGGCGAUGCUUUUGGAGUUUAAAUGUGAAUCUUUGAUGCAGUUGAUAAGGGUUUGCCUCGAGAAUGGUUGACGGAAUGGAUGUGGCGCACGAGAUGGUUCUCUGGAAGGUGGAGCCGCAGUGCUCGAUUUCGGAGGCCGACGACUUCGAGCGCCUGUCGCGGCUACUCGAUCGGCCAAGGGUUAAGAUCGAGCGGAAGCUGUCGUUCGACGAGCGGUCGCUUAGCGAACUCUCCGUCACAGGGAAUCUCAGGCCGGUCGACAGCUACGACAGCUUGUGCUCCCCCGGUGCGGGGAGGUCGGUCUUGGACACGCCGGUCUCGUUGUCUCGGAACUCGUUCGAGCCACAUCCGAUGGUCGGGGAGGCGUGGGAUGCCCUCCGUAGGUCCAUCGUGUUCUUCAGGGGUCAACCGGUGGGGACGAUUGCCGCCAUUGAUCAUGCAUCAGAGGAGGUUCUUAACUAUGACCAGGUGUUUGUCCGUGAUUUUGUGCCAAGUGCUAUGGCUUUUCUCAUGAAUGGUGAACCUGAUAUAGUGAAAAACUUCCUGUUGAAAACACUCCACCUUCAGAGUUGGGAGAAGAGGAUAGAUCGCUUCAAACUCGGGGAAGGGGUGAUGCCAGCCAGCUUCAAGGUGAACCAUGAUCCUGUUAGGAAAACUGAUACUCUAAUGGCAGAUUUUGGUGAGAGCGCGAUUGGGAGGGUUGCGCCUGUUGAUUCCGGUUUUUGGUGGAUUAUUCUUCUUCGGGCCUAUACAAAAUCUACUGGAGAUUUAUCUCUAGCAGAAACACCUGAAUGCCAGAAGGGAAUAAGGCUUAUUUUAUCUUUAUGUCUUUCAGAGGGUUUUGACACAUUUCCAACCUUGCUAUGUGCAGAUGGAUGCUCAAUGAUUGAUCGUCGAAUGGGUGUUUAUGGAUAUCCAAUUGAAAUCCAAGCCCUAUUCUUUAUGGCUUUGAGAUGUGCAUUAGCAAUGCUUAAACCUGAUGUAGAAGGCAAGGAGUUCACGGAGAGAAUUUUGACACGACUGAACGCCUUAGGUUAUCACAUGCGAAGUUACUUUUGGCUUGACUUCCAGCAGUUAAAUGACAUAUAUCGCUACAAGACCGAAGAAUACUCUCAUACAGCAGUUAAUAAGUUCAAUGUCAUUCCUGAUUCAAUCCCGGAUUGGAUUUUUGAUUUCAUGCCUUCCCGUGGUGGUUACUUUGUUGGAAAUGUCAGUCCUGCAAAGAUGGACUUCCGAUGGUUUGCCCUCGGAAAUUGCAUUGCGAUACUAUCUUCACUUGCUACCCCAGAGCAAUCAGUUGCGAUAAUGGAUCUAAUCGAAGAGAGGUGGGAGGAGCUGGUUGGUGUAAUGCCCCUAAAGAUAUCAUAUCCAGCUUUAGAAGGCCAUGAAUGGAGCAUCGUGACAGGCUGUGAUCCCAAGAACACCAGAUGGAGUUACCACAAUGGAGGAUCUUGGCCAGUACUUCUAUGGCUGCUCACUGCAGCCUGCAUCAAGACAGGCAGGCCGCAGAUUGCGAGAAGAGCAAUCGAGCUUGCUGAGAGCAGGCUGUGGAAGGACGGCUGGCCCGAGUAUUAUGAUGGAAAACUCGGAAGGUACAUUGGCAAGCAAGCAAGGAAGUUUCAGACAUGGUCCAUCGCCGGCUAUCUGGUGUCCAAGAUGAUGCUCGAGGACCCUUCGCAUCUCGGAAUGAUCUCUCUCGAAGAGGACAAGGUGAAAAAACCUCUGAUAAGGCGAUCGGCUUCAUGGACUGCCUGAAAGACAACCAGGAGGCACCAGAUGCAAAAAAAAAAGCUUGGUCUCACACCAUUCUUUGUUGGAAAUUUACCCUUCUUAUGUCCAUUUUUUUGUCCCAACUCAAAAAGGUUUGCUAAUCAGCCAGCUUUCUUUAUUGUCUGGAAGUCCUAUAUGUAUAAACAUCAUAUAGCAUAUCUUUCGCCUUCCCUAUUAAAUGAGCUUUGUAAUAUUAACCUUGUCUCCAAUGUAAUGGACUGUGAUUCAAGUUAUCGAAGUCUAAUCAAGUUGGUUUUUGCUGGAUUCAGCCUAA